UUUGGGGACAGCAGGCGCUCUGGGGACGAGGACAGCUCGGGGACAGGGACCCCUCGGGGACAGGGACCCUCAGAGCAGGGUGGCUGGGCUGGCACCGGCGCGGGGAUGUGGGGGCUCAGGAUCCUCAUCCCCCUGCUCGGUGCGGGUGCCCUGCGGGUGAGCCAGGAUGCGGGCGAAGCGCGGGUGACGGCGGGUGACGGGGUGGCCCUGGGGUGCCGGGUGCUGAUGGCCGAGCCCUGGGACCUGCUCCGGCUCGAGUGGGUGAAGGACGCGGGGCACGGGGUGCUGUGCGCCGCCCGCCUGUGCCCCACCGCCCUCGCCCUCCCGGUCCCCUGCACCCCCCGGCUCCACCUGGCCUGGCACCCCCCCCGUGCCACCCUCAGCCUCCGCCAGGCGCAGGAGGACGACGGCGGGCGAUAUUUCUGCCGGGUCACCCUCGAGAUCCCCCGCCACGACACGGCCACCGGCAACGGCACCCUGCUCAGCGUCAGCACGGCGGUUGAUGGAGGACAUCAGGCGGGGCUGGUGUGGGGGCUGGUGGGGGCCCUGGGGGGCACAGCCCUCCUCAUGGGGCUGGCCCUCCUCGGCCACCGGCGCUGGCGCAGGAACUCAGACACAGGCAUCUACCUGAACGUGCUGCCGCCCUCGGCGCGGGCCCCCAAGAAGCUGCCGCAGCCCCCCACGGUGAUGGAGAACAGCAUGUACCAGGGGGGACUGCAGCGGCUACCGGGCCCCCCCACCACCCCCCAGCCCUGAGAAGAUCCGUACCCUGGUGUGCCGCCGAUACCCCCCGAAACUCUGCCUUUCUGCAGGAAAA